UUAUACUCGCUGUGUCAUUUCAUUACUCUUGAUUUACUGUUAACACUUCAUUUUUUUUUCUCAGUUCUUCUCAGAACUACAAAUAUCGAUUGCAGUGAUUCAAGACAUCUAAAAUGGUUGUAUGGAUUUAAUUUUGUUUACAAUGCCACCCGUUUUCUCUAAAUCUCGUCACGCCUUGCGCCGGCAAGUUAGUGUUUAUAGGAAAAUGUUUUCUACUCCACUUGUUUCUGUUGAGCCCAGGCAUAGAGGUGAUCAUAGAGAUAUAUUUUUAAAUAUUGAUGUAAAUGUCAAUCAAGAAAUUAGAGAUCAAGGUGGUUUUUAUUUUGAAGAAUUAGACACGGAAAUGAUGGUUCAGCAGUGUCAGACAGUUGAUUUUGAAUUAGAACAGUCAGGGAACGAGAGCCUACAAAUCAAUGGUGAGGUUGAUGAGUCAUUGAUUGCAUUUGAGUUUAAAGAAGACGCUGAUUUAGAGUUCAGGGAAGAUUUGGCAAAAACAUUUCUGACGUGUAAGACUCCUCAUAAACACAUUGAAAAAAUUCUUGGAGUCUUAAGAAAAAAUGGUCACUCUAAGUUGCCAUUAACAGCUAGGACUCUUUUGAAAACAGUUCGUAAAGCAUCGCUUCAGACUUCAAAUAUGGCAUACUUUGGAUUAGAAAAGAUUGUUCCAAGCAGAUGAAACAAAAAUAAAAAAGGGAAGUAAUUACGUAUUCACUUUAUUUCAUAAAAUCACAUUUUAAAUUUCCUUUUAUUUAGAUCAACUUGGCUA